CUUACCUCCACAUUGUUCAAUCCAGUACCCCCUUUCAUUUUCUCUUACCAGUUUUGGGUAUUGGCCAGAUUUCCUUAAGAAUCCGGUCCAGUUUAAUUCUCCAAUGGCUAGUACACUUUUCCACGAGGCUCCCUCCUUGGGAGGCUCGAGCCAUGGUCAGGGCCUCCAAAUUCUUCCAUUUAAGACCAGUAAAGUGUCCUUGCAAGUCUUGCUCUUACAUGGCAAUCUAGAUAUUUGGGUCAAGCAGGCUAAAAACCUACCAAACAUGGAUAUGUUCCACAAGAAGUUGGGUGAUAUGCUUGGAAAGAUUGACUUAAAGGUUAGUGACAAACUCGAAAGCCACAUGUCUCAUAAGAUAACCAGCGAUCCAUAUGUCACAAUCUCGGUGGCGGGUGCUGUGAUUGGGAGAACUUUUGUUGUUAGUGAUUCCGAGAAUCCGGUUUGGACGCAACGUUUUACCGUCCCCGUUGCACAUUAUGCCUCUGAAGUCCACUUUGUUGUCAAAGACGAUGAUGUUGUGGGCUCACAGAUCAUGGGAGCCGUUGGAAUUCCGAUUGAACAGCUAUGUUCAGCCACAAAAGUUGAAGGAACCUUCCCUAUCCUUAAUGAAAAAGGGGAGCCUAUUAAGCCUGGAGCUGUUCUGACUUUGUCAAUUCAGUACACCCCAAUCCAGCAAAUGGCUAUUUACCAUAGGGGAUUAGGUUCAGGACCUGACCAUCAUGGGGUCCCUGGUACUUACUUUCCUCUUAGAAAAGGGUGCAAAGUUACUUUAUAUCAAGAUGCUCACGUCCAUGAUGGUUUCCUUCCCAAUUUGGAGGUUGAUGGCAAUGCUGGAUAUGAGCAUUGGAGCUGCUGGCUGGACAUCUGUAAUGCUAUAGUCCAGGCCCAUCGUUUGAUAUACAUUGCAGGCUGGUCUGUAUUUCAUAAUAUCAGACUUGUUCGUGAAUCCGAUAAGGCGUCGAAUACCACAUUGGGCGAUCUUCUUAAACUUAAAUCUCAGGAGGGUGUUAGGGUGCUGCUCCUUGUAUGGGAUGAUCCUACUUCUAAGAGCAUUGUAGGAUAUAAAACGGAAGGAAUCAUGGGUACAAAUGAUGAAGAGACUCGCCAGUUUUUCAAGCACUCUUCCGUGCAAGUGUUACUUUGCCCUCGAUCUGCCCAAAGAGGAAGCUGGAUAAAAAACCAGGAAACUGGAACAAUCUAUACCCAUCAUCAGAAAACUGUGAUUGUCGAUGCCGAUUCUGGUAACAACAAAAGAAAGAUUAUGGCAUUUGUUGGUGGUCUUGAUUUGUGCAGGGGUCGGUACGAUACUCCAAACCAUUCACUUUUCAGAACAUUGCAAACAGUACACAAAGAUGACUAUCACAACGCUUGCUUCACGGAACCUAAAACUGGUUGUCCAAGAGAACCUUGGCAUGAUUUGCAUUGCCGAAUUGACGGCCCAGCUGCUUAUGACAUACUCACCAACUUUGAGGAGCGUUGGUUAAAGGCUUCUAAACCUCACGGGCUUCAAAAACUAAAGAAUUCAGUUGAAGAUGCAUUACUAAAGAUUGAAAGGAUUCAUGAAAUUGUUCGGAUGGCAGAAAUCCCUUAUUCGAGCAAGGAUGAUCCUGAAUCUUGGCAUGUUCAGGUUUUCCGUUCAAUUGAUUCCAACUCUGUGAAGGGUUUUCCGCAUGAUCCAAAAGAAGCUACAAAAAUGAACUUGGUGUGUGGGAAGAAUGUUCUUAUAGACAUGAGCAUACACACUGCAUAUGUGAAUGCAAUCCGUUCUGCUCAACGCUUCAUCUACAUCGAGAAUCAGUACUUUCUUGGAUCAUCAUAUAAUUGGGAUGCACACAAAGAUUUAGGUGCAAACAAUUUAAUUCCAAUGGAAAUUGCUCUGAAAAUUGCUAACAAAAUCAGAUCAAAUGAGAGGUUUUCUGCUUAUAUUCUCAUCCCAAUGUGGCCAGAAGGUGUUACAACCAGCGCUCCUAUCCAAAGGAUUCUCUUUUGGCAGCAUAAAACAAUGCAAAUGAUGUAUGACAUCAUAUACCAGGCAUUGGUGGAAACUGGACUUGAGAAAAGAUAUGAGCCUCAAGAUUUUCUAAAUUUCUUUUGUCUUGGUAACCGAGAGGCUGUCGAUGGAGUUUCCUCUUCGAAUGCUAGCGAUCCCACCAUGUCAAUUACUCCUCAGGUACCUCCCAAGCCUACCUAUGUAGACUUCCCAGCUUUCUCUUUAAUACUCCAGCCUGCUUAUCCAUACGAAAAUGAACCAAAUAUGUUAACACAGGCACUUGCGAAGAAGAGCCGCCGCUUUAUGAUCUACAUUCAUUCCAAAGGUAUGAUAGUAGACGACGAGUAUGUCAUAAUAGGGUCUGCUAACAUCAACCAGCGCUCGAUGGAAGGCACUAGGGACACUGAAAUAGCAAUGGGUGCCUAUCAGCCUAGCCAUACGUGCUUAAGCGAACGACACAAUCCGCACGGGCAGGUGUACGGUUAUAGGAUGUCACUAUGGGCAGAGCAUAUUGGAGGUGUGGAGGAGAGUUUUAAGCAACCGGAGAGUCUGGACUGUGUAAGGAAGGUGCGGUCUUUGGGUGAGCAAAACUGGAAACAAUACAUGGCUGAUGAAGUUACAGAAAUGAAGGGCCACCUUCUCAAGUAUCCGGUCGAAGUCGAUCGGACCGGCAAAGUGAAGCCACUUCCUGGCUGUGAAACAUUCCCAGAUGUGGGUGGGAAAAUUAUGGGUUCAUUUGUUGCCAUUCAAGAAAAUCUCACAAUCUAAAUCUAAUAAUCAAAGAAAUGUGGUUUUUUGUUGUAGCUUAGCUACCAUGAUGAUUGGCUAGACCCUCUUUUAUUCUUGUUUUGGAGGAGA